CCUAAGUACCAAUUUUCAUAAAAAAUGAGCAUUUUCAAGUCCAUGUUCAUUUUCCCUUUUCUUCUCAUUGCUCAACUUCUCCUCUUUACUCACUCUGAGGCAGCCACAUUUGACAUUAGAAACAAUUGUCCCUACACUGUCUGGGCUGCGUCCGUGCCAGUGGGUGGUGGUCGACAACUCAACACCAGCGAAACCUGGACUAUAGACGUGCCUGCUGGCACGAAAGGGGCCCGUAUAUGGGCCCGAACCGGUUGCAAUUUCGAUAGUUCGGGCCGGGGUACGUGCCAAACUGGAGAUUGCAAUGGUCUUCUCCAGUGCCAAGCUUUUGGGGUACCCCUGAACUCUUUAGCUGAAUAUGCCCUAAAUCAAUUUAGUAAUCUCGAUUUCUUCGAUAUCUCUCUAGUUGAUGGAUUUAAUGUGCCGAUGGAAUUUGGCCCUACCUCCAAUGGGUGCACCCGUGGCAUUAGGUGCACGGCCGAUAUUAAUGAACAAUGCCCAAAUGAGGUAAGAGCUCCUGGAGGAUGUAACAAUCCUUGUACCGUUUUCAAGACUGAUAACUAUUGUUGUAAUUCUGGAAUGUGUAGCCCGACAGAUUUUUCGAGGUACUUUAAAACUAGGUGCCCUGAUGCCUAUAGUUACCCUAAGGAUGAUCAAACUAGCACUUUCACUUGCCCUGCUGGUACCAAUUAUAGAGUGGGUUUCUGCCCAUAAAUACCAAGAAGCAUAUUUUGCUACAAAUGGUAUGGUAAAUUACCAUAAUAAGUGUACUAGUCUUAUUAAAUUAAACUAUGUUGCGUUUAUGUGAUAAUAAGUACUUAUGCGUGUGUAAUGUUUACACACACCCUUCAACUAAUAUAUAUUUAUCAUAAUGAAAAAUAAUAAUAUCGUUUAUCGUGUGUCAUUUCU